GAAAUACUUGAGAGAAUGCGGUUCUCAGAUAUACCACAAAUUAACAACAAAAAACCAAUCAAAAAAAACGGCAAACCGUUAACAAUGUCGGCCAAAACAUCACCAUCGAAUUCGCGCGAAGGCAAUGUGGCAGCUGCCGCAAGCGUUGUGCCACCAAAUGUGGCCGGCGGCGGCGUUGUUCAGAUCAAAAAGGAGCUGCCCAGCGAUGAGAUAAAGGAAUUCGCGCAGCAUACAAUGAACGAGUUGCUCGGCUGGUAUGGCUUCGAUGGCGUCGAUGUGGAUCGACUCGACCUAACGGCAAAGACAUCCCGAUUGCUACAAAGUGCUGCUGCUGUCGCAGUGGCAACGCAACACCAGCAACAGCAACAACAACAACAGCAGCAGCAACAACAACAACAACAGCAGCAACAUCGCAGUUAUUUGCGCAGCAGCCGCAGCAGCACUUUAGCCUACAAUAACAACAAUAACAACAACAAUAGCAACAGCAACAACAACAACAAUAGUAGCAGUAACAGCAACAGCAACAAUCGCAAGUCGAGCAAUUUGAACUGUCACAGCAAUACGACAACACCCUCGGAUCACGAUACACGCAGCUCCCGCGAGGAUGACUCCAAGAGUCCCCACUCAAUUGGCAAACCGACUGCGACAACAUCGCAUGCCGAGGAGAAAAUAGACUACAACAACUGUUGCUGGUGUCAUCGACCUAUUGCGGAGAAUGCACCGGAUUAUCUGACCAGCAGCGAUGGACCACGUUACUGUUCCGAGUCCUGUUUCGGGCAGAGCCGUCGGGCGUCCUUCAAGAAGGCUAAGACAUGCGACUGGUGCAAGCACGUACGGCACGCCGUGAGCUAUGUGGACUUCCAGGAUGGGGCUUCGCAGCUGCAGUUCUGCUCGGAGAAGUGUCUCAAUCAGUACAAGAUGCAGAUCUUCUGCAACGAGACGCAGGCGCAUCUCGACAUGAAUCCCCAUCUGCGCGACCAGGGACUGGACAACGACAAGGCAGCACUGAUAACGCCCGAUCUCUGGUUGCGCAAUUGUCGCAGUCGCUCCGCCUCGCCUGCGUCCACAAUAUCGGUGUCGCCGGGUCCAACUGGAGCAGUUAGUGCAACAGUUGCAGCAGCAGCUGCAACAACCGCCUCGAAGCGCAGCUCGCCAUGUUUAACGCCGCCCAGCAAACCUCUGAUCUCAGUGGCACCCGCCUCCAAGUUGCUGGCCCAAAAGACGCCCAUCUCUGCGCCCGUCUCCGCUCCAACUGCAUCUGCACAACAGUUGCAACGCCAGCAUGGACUGAGUGCCUCGAAACCAGGCCGCCGCAAGCGUUCUCAUCGUGCCGUUGGCUCCGAGACCGUUGCCAGUCUGCUACAGAAGCAGCAACAACAACAACAGCAGCAGCAGCAAUCACCGUCGGCUCCACUCAGCGUUGACUUUGCCAGCAGCAGCGUGCCACUGCCACCGCUAUCACCCAUGCAGGAGCAGCAGCAGCAGCAACAUCAUGCUCAGCUGCCACAUGCCCAGCAGCAAAAUGCCCAGCAGCAACAUGCCCAGCAGCAACAUCCGCCACAGCAGCAGCAUCCUCCACCACUGGGUCGACCGCCCACCAGUUUGCCAGCCAGCUACUUUGCCACACCUCCAAAUGGGUUGCAUGUGGUGCAUCCUUUCGGCGCACGAUCCGCAGCAGCAGCAGCACAUCCACCACCACCACAUCCAUUUCUUGCACCACCUCACGGCAUGUUGCCGCGUGGCUUUGGUGGCCACUUUGCAGCACCACCACAGCUUCAAUUUCCACAGCAGCCGCAGUUGCCACAGUUGCCGGAGUUGCAAGGAGCACUGGGUGCACUGUUGGGUGCGGCACCACCGGUUACGGUGAUGGUGCCAUAUCCGAUUAUAAUACCGCUGCCCAUACCAAUACCCAUACCAUUGCCCAUUGUGGAUUUUUACAAGGCGCACUUGACGCCGGAGCAGCGCAAGCAUUACGAGGAGCAGCGCAGGACGGCAGAGGAGGAGCACCAAGAGCCACUUGACUGCAGUAAGGCCAAGCCAGAGGAGCAGGUGGAGCAGGGGGCGAGGGAACAGGACGAGGGAGAGCUAGAGGAGGAGCGGGAGAGCGAGCAGCAAGAGGAGAAGGAGCAGAAGCUGAAGCAGGAGCAGGAGCUGAAACAAAAGCAAAAGCUCGAAGUGGAGCCAGAACCGGAGCCGGAGCACGAGCGGGAGCGAGAGCAGGAGCAGGAGGAGGAGCUGCAAUCCAUACCAAAGACAACGCCAGCGAGGACAACGCCAUCACCAUCAGCAUCGCCAUCGGCAUCGACAUCGGAAUCGCAAUCGCAAUCGCCCACUGCUGAUUCGUUGGAGACGACGCACUGUAUCGUGUUGCCAGAGGCGGCGGACGCGGUGGAGGCGACGACACAAAAGCUGCCCAUACUGAAGAUAACGCGACUACAAAGCAAACGCACACUAAUCCAGACCAAAGAGACCACGCCCACAUCGCCCACAUCGGGGGGCAGCAACAGCAAUAACAGCAGCAACAACAGCAGCAAUAAUAGCAGCAACACCAAUAACAGCGGCAACAGCAAUAACAGCAGCAGCAACAAUAACAGCAGCAGUGCUGCGGCAGCGGAAUGUAGUCGACCGUUGCGCAAACGCAAGCGAAUUAUCGAUUGUGAUUUUCAGAAAAUGGCCACAGUCGAGACGCACAACAACAAUAACAGUAACAGCGCGGGCAGCAGCAGCCAUAACAGCAAGCAGGAAGACGAAGACGUGUGCAAUAUGAACAGCAACAACAGUGCUAAAGCUAAAAAAAGUAGUAAUUAGGCUAAGCAAAGAAAACGUACUAAAGUAGUAGCAUUAGUAGUAGCCCUCUAUAAAAAAUAGUAGUAUAUAUUUAUAUAAAUAUUAAAAAAAAGUGUGCGUGCUGACUUAAAAAUACUUUUAAUAAUUAUAAUAAAAUGUAGUAGCACAUAGUGCGGGCGAAAUUUGAAUUUAAUUGAAUGAAUAAAUUAUUAAAUUAUGUAUUUACAA